GGUCCCAAGUCCAGAAUGGGAAAGGAGGAGGGUUUUGGGUUUGGGCUAGCAACCCACCAUGUAAAAACAAAAACGCUACAGAAACGGCAACAGAUCUAAAUCAAACCAUCAUGGGAGAGCAACCGAGGACCGAGGCAGCUUUGCCUGAUAUGACGAGUCUAGAUGAAAGAAGUACAGGCUACUGGCAAAACCUGGCAUGAACUAAAGUGGCUCGCCCAGGACAGGGUGGAAUGGCGGAGAUUUGUUGUUGCCCUGUACUCCACAGGGAGUGAUGAGGAUUAAGUAACGACCCAUACCUUCCACACUGACCAUGUCUCCCACCCCACUCUACUUCACCGCGCUAAUCUGUGUGUGGUUGUCUGCUACACGUGCAGACUUCAGCCUCACUCUACUGCACACGAACGAUGUCCACUCCAGGAUCGAGGAAUCGGAUAAGAGUAGCGCCCCCUGUACACCCCAGCUGGCGGCGGCCAAUAACUGUUUUGGUGGCGUAGCUAGGAUUCGAACUAUGGUAGAAAAGAAAAGAGCCGAACACGUCAACCACACGAUACUUCUGGACGCCGGAGACCAGUUCCAGGGAACUCUGUGGUUCUACCAGUUUGGUGGAAUAGUCAGCGCUCAGUUCAUGAACCUGAUAAGAUACGACGCCAUGACUGUGGGUAACCACGAAUUUGACGAGGGUGUCGACGGCCUCGAACCUUUCGCCAAAAACUUGUCAUUCCCUCUGCUGUCAAGUAACAUGAAACUUGACAACACGCCACAGCUGAAAAACAUCAUCAAGAAAUCAACGGUUCUUACGGUCGCCGGGGAGAGGAUAGGUGUGGUCGGGUACACCACCCCGGAGACGGCAUACACUUCGUUUCCAGAAACCGUGGAGUUGCUGCCAGAAUUGGAGGCUGUACAGGCGGAAGUGAACAACCUGACGGCACAGGGGAUUAACAAGAUUAUCGCCCUUGGUCACUCUGGAUACUCUUUUGAUGUUGAAUUGGGGAAAAAGUUGACCGAUGUGGACAUCAUUGUUGGUGGACAUACGCAUUCUUUUCUCUUUAAUGGCACCGGCCCGUCCACGGAAACAAUCGAGGGCGUGUACCCGACUGUUGUAAACUCCAAGACCGGGGACACUGUCCUCGUUGUUCAGGAUUACGCUUAUGGCAAAUAUCUAGGGGAGCUAAAUGUGGUCUUUGAUGACGUUGGGAAAGUCAAAUCAUGGACGGGAAAUCCAAUUUUGUUAGACGGCAACGUCACGCAAGAUAAUGAGACCCUGGCGUUAAUCAACACCUACCAGCCGCAGGUUGAAGAGUUUAAGAAAACUGUGGUGGGAGAGACCUAUGUUUUACUCAAGGCCGAUAAGAAUCUGUGUCGUAUGGUGGAGUGUAACAUGGGAAAUCUAAUCACAGACGCCAUGAUACAUCACAACUUGCGUCGUUUCAACGGCACUUGGACUGAUGCAGGGAUUGCGUUGAUGAAUGGAGGUAGUAUACGAGCAUCCAUCAAUAUAGGGAACAUCACAACAGAGAAUGUUAUCUUUGUCCAGCCGUUUAGAAAUGAAAUUGAAAUCGUUGAAGUUACCGGACAAACACUUCUUGACGUGUUUGAGUACUGUGCUAGUAAAUGGGUCAACGCCACUGGCGGAGGUGGAUUUGGUGGUUUUAUGCAAGUGUCGGGCAUGAGAGUGACGUACAACAUGGAUCGUCCAGUGGGUCAGAGAGUUCACGAACUUCUGGUCACCUGCACACAGUGCGACAUUCCCAGGCUGGAGAACGUCCAAGUAGACAAACACUACAAGAUACUGGCCACAAACUUCAUCAUCAACGGUGGCGACGGCUAUGACGUGCUGAAGAAUAACAUAAUCAGCAGGAUUUAUUUAGGAGACCUUGACAUAAACAUCCUGAUGAGCUAUGUCCAAAAGUUCAGCCCCAUAACAACUGGGCUACAAGAUCGGGUCCGGUUCGUCUCUGAUUCUGUUGGCAGCUGCCCAACAACCAACGGAUCAACGAAACCCAUUUUCUUCUCCAUUGUGUUUUUCGUGCUAUUAUCAUUUGUCAUGACAUGUGUUAUUUUCUAUUAAAGGUGUUUAUAUUCUAAAAAAAUUGAGCACAAGUUCA